UAAUAAUAGAAAACAGAUGAGCGACCUUUACCACACAAGAAAAGCGUUAUUCUAGCUGGUGUUUAUCUCACACACAAGCCGGCCCCGCACAGCACCCCCUUGGCCGAGCAUGGCGGACUGCCUCACAAUGCUGCGUCGCUACAACACUCAGAAGAAGGAGAUUGUGGAGAGGGAGAAGCUCAUCAUAUUUGAUCAGAUGGCGUGGCCUCGUAAUGCCAAGACCAACUACCUUAUAUACAGGACGGGACAGGGCGUAGGUCCCAGGGAGUACUAUACUCUAGAGUCACUCCUCUUCCUGCUCAAGAAUGUCAACCUCUCUCAUCCUAUGUACGUGCAGAGAGCAGGGGCUCAGAACAUUCCUGUCAUCAAAUUCCCAGAUCGUAGGGGGCUGUUGUCAUACCUCAAUGGAGAGACUGAGACAUCUGCCAGUAUUGACAAGAGUAUCCACCUUGAGAUGGGUGCCCCAGCCCCAGUCUCCAAGAGACCUAAUGAAGAAAGCCAUUCUGAAGGUGUCAAGAAGCCCAGGCUGGCUGAGGAUGUGCUAGCUGACAAGCAAAGGCUCAAGGAGAAGUUGGAGGGGAGAGGCCGCGGUGGUGCUCUGACCGACCAGCUCAGAUCACUGAGUGAGGCUAUGUCCAUUGAGCAGAUAGCUGCCAUUAAAGCAAAGAGACUGGCUAAGAAGAGAGCAACCAUUAAGACGGAUGAUGACAUGACAGGAGGAGACAGGACAUUCUUAGAUGACACCACUCGACAGAUAAUGAGUAAAGAGCGUUCUCAUAGGUCAAGAGUGACUGCAUUACAGAGCUCAGGCAAGAUAUUCACCAAUAUCUUCAGUAUCCUGCAAACAGUCAAGGCUAGAGACGAGGGAAAGGGGGAAGCCCCUGUCAUUCAGCAGGAGAGUCAGUUGACCCGCAAACCAGCUCCACCCACUCACGGCUACAACAGAUAUGGACAAGAGAGGUUCACUAAUGAAGAUACUGGAGACUUCAAGAUUGACACCUCGGGGACCUACCAUGGCAUGACACUCAAGUCCAUGACCGAGAGUGUCACCAAAUCAGCUCCCACUAAUCACAAAGCUCUCACUGACAAGACACAGCAAAUCCCCCCCAAGCCCAGUAGAAAAGACCACCGCUCCCGUACUCCCAUCCUAGUAGUACCAGCCAUUAGCACAACCAUUAUCAACAUGAUCAAUACAAAAGACUUUCUUGAGAGCUUCAGGUAUGUGUCACUGGAAGACAAGAAGUUAUCGGGAACCAAGAAGGUUAACGACAUGAUCAUCCACCGUAAGAAACCUCAUCCUUCCAUACCAGGGCAAACAGUGUCUAUCCCAUACCGUGUGACCGACCAGCCUCUCAAGCUGUCCCCUGAUGAAUGGAAACAAGUGGUGGGUGUGUUUGUGGCUGGUCCGAUGUGGCAGUUCAAAGGUUGGCCAGGAUUGACCGGAGACGGGUCCCCUGUCGAGAUAUUCACAAGAAUUAAGGCUUUUCAUGUGAAGUUUGACGAGCUGAAAAUGGACAAGAAUAUUCAGAAAUGGGACAUCCAUAUUCUACCAAUUAGCAACAGUAAGAGACAUCUGGACAAAGCAUCUGUCCUUAAGUUCUGGGAGACAUUGGACAGGUUUAUUGUCAAGCACAAUCCAGAGUUGAGAUACUGAGAGAAUGAACACUAUAAACACUUAUAGACUAGUUCAUAAUUAUGUUGGUUGUCUCCGCACACACACACACACACACACACACGUGCACUGCAUGUUUUUGUAAGACGGCUCUUUCUGGUUAUAUUCAAAUAUAAA